AUGACGACCACGACCACGACCACGACCACCAACCACCAUCCACCUCCAAACUUCCUCUUCAUCCUCACCGACGACCAAGACCUGCUGCUCGACUCGCUUACCUACCAGCCCCUACUCCAGAAGCACAUCACCGACAAGGGCACCCGCUUCGACAAGCACUACUGCACCAUCGCGCUGUGCUGCCCCUCGCGCGUGUCCAUGCUGACCGGCCGCGCGGCGCACAACACCAACGUGACGGACGUGAGCGGGCCGUACGGCGGGUACGCCAAGUUCCUGUCCGAAGGGUGGAACGAGCGCUAUCUCCCCGUGUGGCUGCAGGAGGCCGGCUACGAUACGUAUUACACGGGCAAGCUCAUGAACGGGCUGUCGGUUAACACUUAUAACAAGCCUUUCCCCAAGGGGUGGAACAGGACAGACUUCUUUCUCGAUCCCUACACGUACCUCUACAACAACGUGACGGUCGGCCACAACGAGGAGGUGCCCAAGGGGUGCCCUGGCAACUACUCGACCGACCUCGCCUUGGCUCGAGGGCUCGACUAUCUCGAUGCCGCCAUCCCUCGGGCGGGCGAGCGGCCAUUCUUCAUCGGCGUGGCGCCCAUCGCGCCGCACUCCCAGUCUAUCGGCCAGCGCUUCGACCCUGCGGUCCCGGCAGACAGGCACAAGGACCUAUUUCCCGACGCGAGGGUGCCACGGAGGUUGAACUUCAAUCCGGACGAGGCCAGCGGUGCAGGCUGGAUCAAGACGUUGGAGCGGUUCAACGACACAGCCGUGGACUACUUGGACGAGUUUCACCGGCUACGCAUCCGUUCCCUGCAAGCUGUGGACGAGCUCGUCGAGGCGCUCGUCGAGCGCCUCGAGCAGACCGCGCCUCCCGAAGUCGUGGACAACACUUACAUCAUCUACACGAGUGACAAUGGCUACCACAUUGGACAGCACCGCCUGGCGCCCGGCAAGGCCUGCGCGAUCGAGGAGGACAUCAACAUCCCCUUCAUCGUGCGCGGGCCAGGGGUGGCGCAGGGGCAGAACGUGUCCUUUCCGAGUUCGCAUACCGACCUUGUGCCCACGAUCUUCGAGCUCGCGGGGAUUCCGUUGCAGGAGGACUUUGAUGGUGUGCCGAUUCCCGUCACUGUGGAGCAGCAGCUCGCGCUCGAGCACAAGGCUGAGCAUGUCAACGUGGAGUUUUGGGGAUUCGCGGGAUCAGAAGGGCAGGUGUCCGUGUGUUCAGGUUCUACGGAUACCAACACCUACAAGUCACUCCGCAUCGUCGCUGACGAUUACGACCUGUCAUACACUGUCUGGUGUACAAACGAGCACGAGCUUUACGACAUGAAGGCGGAUCCGGGACAGCUCAAGAACAUCUACGCAAACUCGUCGCUGAUAUACGGCUUCGAGCCGGCGAAGCUCAUUGCCCGCGUCGAUGCGCUGCUCUUGACGCUCAAGGAUUGCACGGGGGUCUCGUGCCGGCUGCCGUGGCAGACACUGCACCCGGCUGGCGACGUGCGGACGCUGGCUGCGGCGAUGGAUGCCAAGUUUGACGACUUCUACCUGCAGGAGCAGAAGAAGGUGAGCUUCAGCGCCUGCGCGGCAGGCUACCUCCUCGAAUACGAGGGCGCUGUUGGGCCAGUGCCCUAUGGUGCGGAAGCGGUUGUUCUGGAGCGGGCGAGGUGGGAAGAUUGGACGUGAGGUGAGGCCUGACUUGGGUUCUUUGAGCAUCGUACGAGAGACAGUUCUCAAGAUUCUGCUCGUGUGCACUUGCUUGUGCUCGCAGCUAUUCAGGAUGCCGUUGUACGUAGACAAAUAAAUGCAUGACAAUGAGGUUGUCUCAAUGUGGGGCAAACAGUGUGUCGGAUGGCCAUGUGUCGUGAGAACGCUUACCCGGCACUAACUUGGCACCUGAGUCGGUGGUCGAUUGGCAUGUGAAGGCUACUCCUCGAUAUGACGUCGACAAGCACUGAGACAAAGCUGGGGAAAUCUGCAAGCAGAGAGCCGGGCAUUCUGACGACACUUGUCGCAGACGGGGCGACUGCAAGUCUGAGCGGCAAUUGCCAUGGGACAGCCGGCAGACACCAAACUGCACAACAAAGAAUUAUGAUACUGCGCAGAAGAUGCGGACGAGCUGUGCGUGCUGGG